AUGGAUGAAUUUGAUAUUGAGAAUUCCAACUUGGAGAUUAAUAAUUCGAAUAAACCUCUUCCACUUAAAUCAACGAUCGAACAACUUGUAAAUGGAAAAUCAGAACCUAUCUUAACAAAAAAAGAAUUAUUUGCAUGGUACAUUUACGCAUUUGCUUGUGAAGUUUAUUCGGUAGUUUCAAUAUCGAGUUUUAUACCUUUAAUUUUAGAACAUUUCGCCUUUGAGAAAGGUGUAUCUAGCAUCAAUCAUCAAACGCCUUGUAAUGAAGAGCUUUCGGAAGGAGUACGAUGCGUUAUAAACAUCUUUGGGUUUUGGGUUGAUACGGCCUCGUUCAGCUUAUACACAUUUUCAUUGAGCGUAAUCUUGCAAGCGAUUACGACUAUUUCAAUUGGAGCAACCGCAGACCAUGGAGAAAUGCGUAAAACGUUGCUUUUAUACUUUGCCUUUGUUGGUAGCAUUUCAGCAAUGUUAUUUUUAUUAAUUCCUUCCAGAUCGUUCAUAAUUGCUGGUAUUUUGGCUAUUAUUGGAAAUGUGAGUUUUGGAGCAGCGUUCGUUUGCUUUAAUGGAUUUUUACCAGUUAUGGUUAGAAAUCACAGAGAUGUAAGAAGAAUUUCAAAUGAAAUAAAAGAUCAUUUAAGUAAUGUAGAAACGCAACAUCAACAUGCUGCUGAUACUCAAGUUGAUGUUUAUGAUAAUGCUUUAGAAGAGCGAGGACUUUUAAAUUCACAAGAUCAGAUAUUAAUUAAUCUUGUAGAAAAUUUAAUAAAAGCUAAAGAUCACAUAUCGACUCGUAUCUCCGCACGUGGUUUUGCGAGUGGAUAUCUUGGUGGUAUAAUCCUUUUAAUCUUUUGUCUUUGUAUUUCUUUUUUAUUACAUAAUACAAUUUAUAGUUUACAAAUUGGUGUAUUCCUUUCUGGAAUUUGGUGGUUUUCAUUUUCUUUAUUGGUUGCUAAAUGGUUACAACCUAGACCUGGACCUCCUUUGUUUCUUAGCGAGGGAAGUAAAGUAAGAUGGAUAGAUUACAUAUCAUUUUCUUGGAAGAGAUUAUGGAAAACCAUAUUACAAGCUAAAGAGUUGGAAAUGACUUUUCGAUUCUUAAUGUCAUGGAUCCUGAUAUCAGAUGGUUACACUACCAUAACAUCGGUAGCUUUACUUUUCGGGAAGACAACAUUACGAAUUCCUGAAUCCGGAUUGAUUUUCUUGUCUUUGAUCGCUCCCAUAUCCGCCUUAACUUCAACUUUAUUGUUACCACGUUUAAUUAAGCUUAGUAUUAAAAAUACGAUUCUUUUACUCCUUUAUCAGUUAUAG